UCCUGCCGUGACGAUGCCUGUGACUUACCGUCUUGACCUGGCAGGCCCGGUCGCGUUUGACUGCAACUGGCCGCUGUCAAGACCCCACUCGGAACGGCCACUGGUGCCGCGGUUGCCUAAGAGCCUAGCACCUUGUCGCAGCUACAGAAGUCUCACUCCAAACCUCAUGCUCCUUCACUACAGGAUCGAGCGCUACCGACAUUGAAAGUUACAGUUCCUCACAAGUGACGUCCCGUGCGUCCGCGCGUCAGUCCAGUGAUAGCGCGUCAUUGCGCUACUCAAACUACCCCCGCAUUGCAGGGCUGCUCAACCUUCCCUCCACAGCAGCUACUCGUCGCCACAGCUACUAUGACGACCACAAGGGAGGAGUCGCCGUUGCGCAGCUCGCUUGGCAUGGCUAUGCGUAGCCAAAAUCAAUACACAUACCGCCUUCCCACGCCGCCACGAGUCGUUGUACCUCCGCCGACACUUUCCACGGACAUGCCAGGUCUGGUGGUUGGCGCUGCAUCUGGCGAUCUCGACCUAAGCUUCCUCAAAGAGAUGGCAUUGGAGGAUAUUGUUCAGAAGAACACCUUGAUCGAUUGGGCAUACGAACGGCGCCGGCAAGCGCAGAUGAUUUUACCUUGGCUCUUCCUGGGGCCGAUGGUUGCAUCCAAGGACAAGGAUUUCCUCGCUCGCGAAGGAAUCACCAUGGUACUUGCAAUCCGGUCUCGCGAUGGUAGCAUGAGUGGCGCAUUGCAAGCAGCGCGCGACGCCGGCCUCGAUGUGGCGACCAUCGAAGCACCGACCUACCACGAUCUCAUCAAGAGAUUUGGCGACACCACAAGGACAAUAAACGAGCAUGUUGCGAGAGUCCGUCAGUGCACCCCAGAACAAAUGGCACAGCCCACGCUCGGCAAGGUGCUAGUGUUCUGCGAGUCGGGCAACGAGAAGUCAGCCGCCGUGAUUGCGGCAUACCUCAUGGAGACCCUCGACAACUUUGACCACAUCAAAGCAAUGCAAGUCUGUCAAGCCCAACGUUUCUGCGUCAAUUUUGACGACACGAUUAAGAAUAUGCUUCGAUCCCGCUGGGACAUACUCCAAGCUGCACGCUCGGUUUCCAGCUUUAACAUGCAGCAAGUCCAGGCGAGCCGCCUUGCAAACAACGUCGACCAAAGCCAUUCGCAUUUGCAACCUUGCACGGUAGCAAGGCCUAAACGCUCUAUCGAGGAAACACGUGAUGACGAUGUAGAAAUGGAGGAUGACUUGGACCCUUCCGAUGCUCUCCGAUUUCAAGGCCGCGACAAUACUCCCUUUCGAAGUUCCUACUAGGCAGAAUCUGGUCGCU